AUGGCCGUGGGCUCCGUGAAGAUGCCGUCGCCGUGUGAGGGCGCGGAGCUGGCCCGCAGCUGGAGCCCCGGCGGCGGAGCCCACGAGCCGCCGCCGCCGGUGCAGCUGCGGCAGAAGCUGCGGGAGCUACCGGCGCUGCUGCGGAGCGGGCUGACGCUGCGGAGGAAGAGCGCCGCCGCCGCCGCCGGCCGGACCCUGUCCAGAAGAAUUUCAAAUCCCUAUUUGGAAACUCCUUCAAACAAGAUUUAUGGAGAAAGUUCUUCCUGUGCUGGGAGAGCUCUCAGGAAUAUUUUUACUCUACAAGCGUCUGACCUGAUUAAAGACAGGGUGUAUCUUACUGGCAUUUGCAGGAGAAGCUGUGUUGGAUCAGAACUGGUAGACUGGCUUUUGGAGCAGUGCCCUUUUGUUAAGUGCAGAUCUACAGCAGUUGGAGUGUGGCAGCUCCUCCUGGAUAUGGGCAUUAUAUUAUCAGUGGACAGACAACUCUAUUUUCAAGACGCUCAUGCUUUCUACCAGUUCUCAGCGGAUGAAUGUACCUACCUUUUCUGUGAAUUUGAGAAAGAGGAAGGAUGGAAGAAUGGAGUAAAGCUCCUACUUCAAUUACUGCCAUUGUCUCCUCCCAGGAUUGACAUGUGUAAUCUGCCUGAUCAAAAAAUAGAAGAUACGGCAGAAACCAAUGCUGAAAUUCUUGCUCGUCUCACUUCUGCGGUACAGAGAGAACUGGCUGCUGUCAUUGCCUUGAAAGCAAGGAAGUCAGCAAUUCAUCAAAAUGAAGAAAACAGCAGUCAAGAAAUAAGAGGACUAGAAGAGCUCAAGGAUACCUCUGAUGCUCAGGCAGGGGUUUUGUGCAAGCUUCAGGGAAGAGAUGACCUCGGACGGAUUGAGCUGGUCCAGAAGCUGGCGAGAGAAAACUGCCAGUUUUUGCAGGCGGAUAGAAAACCACCGGAGAAGGCAGAACAAGCGGACGAUGGAGGCGGCGGCGAGCGGGCGCGGGAGGAGGCCGGCGCAGCGCUGGUGCUGCGGAAGGUGUGGUCACGCAGCCCGGCCCCCGAGCGGCGCGGGAGAUACGUGGUGGUGUCGGGGACGCCGGAGAAGAUUUUGGAGCAUCUCCUCAGCGACCUGCACCUGGAAGCCGCCCAGGACAAAGAGACGGAAACUCUCCUGGAUGACUUCCUUCUCACGUACACAGUCUUCAUGACGACUGAUGACUUGUGCCAAGCACUUCUGAGGCACUAUUGUGCUAAGAACCACCAAGGGAAAGAAGAUGACUCUGAUGUGUCCUGUAGGAAACGAAAAGUCUUGCAUUUGGUGUCUCAGUGGACUUCUCUCUACAAAGACUGGUUACACGAAGAUGAGCACUUAAAACAAUUUUUGAAGACGAUAUACAGGAAUGUGUUAGAUGAUGUGUAUGAAUAUCCCAUUCUUGAGAAGGACCUGAAAGAAUUUCAGAAGAUACUUGGGAUGCAUCGUCGUCACACUGUAGAUGAGUAUUCACCUCACCGAAAGAAUAAAACCUUUUUCCACCAGUUCAGUCUAAAGGAGAACUGGCUGCAGCACAGAGGAACCAUGAAUGAAACAGAAGAAAUUUUCUGCCGUGUGUAUAUAACGGAGCACUCCUAUGUCAGUGUGAAAGCUCAAGUAUCCACUUCAGCUCAGGAGAUACUGAAGAUUGUAGCAGAAAAGAUCCAGUACCCGGAGGAGGAGUUGGCACUGGUGACAGUCACGUUCUCUGGUGAAAAACAUGAACUACAACCAAAUGACUUGGCUAUCUCAAAAUCUUUCGAGUCAUCCAGUCGUAUGUUUGUCUACCGAAAAGAUCUGACUGAUUCUUUGAACCCAUUUGCUGAAAAUGAGGAAUUGCAGCAAAGGUCUGUGAGAAUUUUGGGAAUCAACACCUGGGAUCUUGCCUUAGAACUAACAAACUUUGACUGGAGCCUCUUCAAUGCAAUUCAUGAGCAAGAGCUGAUAUACUUCACGUUCAGCAGACAGGGCAGUGCUGAAAACACCGAGAAUCUCAGUCUUCUGCUUCAAAGAUGCAACGAGGUCCAGCUUUGGGUUGCCACUGAGAUACUCCUCUGCAGCCAGCUCUGCAAACGUGUACAGCUAGUCAAAAAGUUCAUCAAGAUUGCUGCCCACUGUAAAGCCCAAAGAAAUCUGAAUUCGUUCUUUGCUAUUGUUAUGGGUCUCAACACUGCAUCUGUCAGCCGGCUGUCUCAGACCUGGGAGAAAAUUCCUGGGAAAUUCAAGAAACUUUUCACUGAACUUGAAAGUUUGACGGACCCUUCUCUGAAUCACAAAGCUUACAGAGAUGCAUUCAAGAAAAUGAAAUCUCCGAAAAUCCCCUUCAUGCCCUUACUUCUGAAAGAUGUAACAUUCAUCCAUGAAGGAAAUAAAACUUUUCUGGAUAACCUUGUUAAUUUUGAAAAGCUGCACAUGAUUGCAGAUACUGUUCGGUCAUUGAGACAUUGCAGAAAUAACCAGUUUGGCAAUGAAGUUCCUUCGAAAGAACAUCAUGAGCUGAAGCCAUACGUCCAUCACCUGCAUGUCAUCGACAACCAGCAAGCUCUGUUUGAGCUUUCUCACAGGAUAGAGCCGCGAGUGUGAGCGUACACAGCUUCAUAUAGCCUUGUAGCUACAGCACUUUGAAUUAAGUGAAUGUUUAUGCCAAGCAUGUUGCUUCCCUAUGUAAGAACAGUUUACUGAGUUUUAUCAGUAGCUCACACAACAUGCGCAGGAAAACCAGGCAAGAGCCAGCAAAGGAGCUGCUCACAGAGUUGCUGGGCAAGCUUGGUCACCAGGACCAGAGGGAGCGGAGCAGCGUCCUUUGAGCUCAGGAGCUUGGUUUCUGUGAAAAUAUUGUUUGGUCCAGUGUAGCUUUCAAUGCAGAUUCUGCCAGUAUUAGAAUGAAAGGAAUCGUUGUGUCACAGCAGCAAAACGUUUCAGCAAGCAACAUGCUGAUUCUCGGUUCACCACAGUAUGUACCUCACUAAUUCAAGGCUGCCAAAGUAUUGUUGCCAAAAAUACUGUGCAAUCUGUGCAGCUCCCCUGAGUCCACUGGAGCAUCUUAUUUGAGAUAAGUGCAGACAACCAAGAAUGGGAAUAUAAAAACACAGCGCACCAGAUGAAACUCAAGAGUGCGUCGCGAUGUGGAGGUCAGCAGUAAACAGUUCACGCUGUUAUGGCCCCUUAAGAAUCUGCUUUCUGAAACACUGUAAGAGCCAAUCCACUUUGGUUGCAGUUUAUGGACAGAAUUGUUUGUACACUGAAAAUGUGUUAUUUUUCUUCCUUUUCAGUUAGAUACAGUACCAGCUCCUGCAGUUAACGUGUUAUAAAUUAUAGCAGGAGCUUUGUUUUCUGCUUGGAUUACAGCCUCCUUGGUGUCUAUUCAGAGGCAGUGCCUAGAUCCACCUACAUUCCUAACUCGCCUCCUGGAAAUACUCUUUCAGCAGGUAAAAUUUCACCUAACUUGCACACACUUCUAGUUUUUAAAGAACAAAAGGGUACACCUUACAGGGUACCAGUGUAAUUACCUGCAUACACAGCGGGCUCUCAGCAUCAGGGUCCCUUUACUGCUUCUGUCCCUCUCACACCCCUCCCCUAGCCAAUUUUCAUGUAGCUAAAAGUACUACUUCUGAGCAUGUACUGAGGCAGCAUUUCUAAAGUCUUGUCUACAGUUGACCUACAUCUAAGCACCACCAUCACUGUAGCUCUGGUUUUCAGUGCUAAGAAGUUGCCCUGAAAUAAUCUAGUGAAUGCCACAGGCAAUGUGCAGUGUGCUACUCUGUCUGGCACAUGUUUGUACACUGACUCAGGGUAACAGUCCCUUUACAGAGCAGGGAGGAUACAUGGCAUCGCUUGCCCAUCUCUACUGUAUGUUUUCCACAUGAGGAAGACUUCCAGGAAAAUGCUCCUUUACUGAAGUGUGGAAAUACUGAAGUAGCAUGCUCUUCAUCAUUGUGUUAUCUCUGGUUUAAAGGGAUUUUAAAAAAGCAGCUUUAACAAGUAGUCUCUGGGGGAAUCUGUAGAAUGCAUUCGGUUUUCCCAUCUGUGAAAUAUUGUAUAGAUCUAUUGUAAAGGAAACGGAUGUUUCAGAAAUGUAUUUGCUUGUACUUUGUUAUUAUCAAAUAUUAUAUGAUUUUUUUUUUUAGAAAAAAAAAAUCUUCUUUUUACCCAGUAAAAAGAAAAAAAAAUAAACUCUUGCUGGCCAUGGAGUAAAAAUUUCCUAUGUUCUUCUGUAGAUGUGACUGCACAUAUUGUAAAUAACUCUUUUGUGCAAACAGACCAAAACUGUUCAGAUGAGGGUACUAGCCGCGGUGGGCUCCAUUUUGCAGUGUAAGAACACAAACCAGAUACACUUUGCUGCUUGUGUUAUUGCAGUUCUUCCUCUGGCUACAGCACUCCCUGAAUCCCCACCCUAAGUGCAUUACCUGGGUGGUUUGCUGGGUUUUGAGCUCCCCCUUGUGAAAUCUUUUUUACUGUGGCAUUAUUUUUAGGAGCCUGUAUGUAGACCAGCCUGCAUGCUUUAGCUCAUGUGGUGCAACACUCUAGUCCACAAGUUGUUCUGUUGAAAUCUGUGGGAGAGGGAGCAUUAGAAGGUAUUCAAGGUGAGAAAGUGGGGCUGUUUCUCAGUUCACUGCAUUUGGCUCUGUGAUAGUUUUGGUAGUUACUGCUGAUGAAGCAGCAGCAGUGCCAGAGAAGAAUAAAAGACAAGGAAAUGAAAGAAGGGAAAAAAAGAAAGGAAAAUAAAAAAACGGAAGAAGAAAGAUGACUCUGUGCUCAGGCUUUGAUUUGAAAGCAUGCUAGAGCCACCUUGAAGGCUCCUCACUCUGCCAGUUCAAAAUGGUUGAAGUAAAUGGAUGGGUUAUCUUGUACCAGUAGGCUUCAAGCCAGCUGAGGUAUUGGCUAUCAUCUGCACCGCUGUAACUUUAUACUAAAUGAGGUGUUGUCUACCCCUUGCAGCUGGCAUAAAGUCAGUUUGAAGGCACAUAGCCAGCAUUAACCUCAUUAUCUGUGUUGUGGCUAAUUAGACUACUGUUUAAAACUUUACAAACUAGUUUUCAUAGUGGCCUGUAUAACUUGGAUAUAAAUUUCUGGUCUGAGGGGCCAACGUGGAUGCAUCAAUUUCACAUUGAAGAUAUGGACCUUAUAACUGUUACCAUAAAGGAAAGGCAAAUAACCCAAAUCUGUAGGGUAAUAAGUCUAAUAAAAAAAAGGCCCUUCAGAAUUGUCGUUCAACAGGUGAAGUAUUGCAGAGCUGGGCUGCAGACUGGCAAGCAGUUUGAAGGUGUGGUGGCUGGGAGGAGAACUAGAAGUAAACCAUGUGAAAGGGAAGGCGGACACUAUACAGCCUCUGCCAGGGUGCAGCACUGGUGAUAUUGUGCGAUUUUUUUUUUUAAAUCCUUCAGUAGUACAAUUAUGUUACAUAGGAUAAAAUCCGUGAAUCUUGUAAGUUCAGUUCAUCACAGUCACACCUGGGAUUAAAUACUCUGAAUAUUUUCUUUAGUAGCUAGGAGGAGUAAUUAGACAGAACAAAGGAAAAAGCUGGGUCACUCUAUACCUCUUUGAUGUGGGAUUUUGUUGCAUCAAAUUUAGAUGUUUCUGUGACACAGCUUUUUGAUUCUAGCCCCAUCUCGGAUAGAAAUAAAUUGCAUUUGCAUGACAGUGGCAAAAAAAAAGGUGUUAUCAAAAAUAAUAAGACGUGCUGCUGUAAAAUUACGAAGAAAGAUGUAAAUACUAAACAUUUUAGCAGAGUAAUAUUUAUUUGCAUAGCCUAUAUAUUGUCAUCUUAUACACUGUUAAAUACUGGGAUGAAAUCAAUGAGCUGAGGUAAGAACACCUGCCUGUUCCGUUCUCUCUGAGUGCCAUAAUGCUGUCAGCUUGCAUUAAAAGUAAUCAAACAGAAAACCCCAAAUCAAGGUAUUUACCUAACUUCUCAGGGACUACAGCUAGUAGUUAUCCACCGUUACGAGACCUGGUAUGUAUGAAAUAAUCUGAUUUACCAGAAUCAAUGUUGCCAAUGUUUUCAUAUUUCAUGCUUGUCUGCCUCUGUACAUAUUAUUGUGUCGUGUAUUUAUGAGAGCUAGUAAGCAAUAAUUUAUAUGUCAAAUGGCCAAGCAAUACAAGGUUAAAACUUGUAGAAGCAACUGUUACAUUUAUCUUGCAUUUUCCAGUGUUUUUUAAUAUUGCUUUUAAAAAUAUAAAAACUACCUU